AGGUUGUACAGAAGGUAAUGAAUAUCAAUUCUGCUGCAAUAUUAUUUACCUCCUAGGAGAGAAAAAUCUCCAGCACUCAGGCUCAGAUGACCAAAACUUCACAGGAAAGAAAAAUGCGAGGUAGAAAGCAGAGGAGGGGCACAGGUCUGUUCAGCAGCAACACCUGUGUCACACACCCCGUUUCUCUUUAGUACCCUGCUGUGGGAAGCUUGGCAGAAAUGAAGACGGUCCCGGUGCUGCUGCUGCUGCUGAGCGCCCUCCUGGGUACCCCCGCCGUGCCUUCCCAGCGCCCUGCUUGCUACAAGAGGGCCCUGAAGGACCACAGCUGUCACAGCAUCCCCGAAAGCACAGAGAACCUCCGACAUGUCGACGAUGGCCUGCAAGAUCACUUUUGGGAAGGGAAGGGCUGUGAGGUGAUCUGUUACUGCAACUUGAAUGAAUUGCUCUGCUGCCCCAAGGAUAUUUUCUUUGGACCAAAGAUAUCGUUUGUGAUCCCCUGCAACAGUCAAUGAUUCAAGUCUGCAAGUGAAGAGAACAGACAUCAUUCUACGAUCAUGUAAUAAUGUUUUCAAGGGGAAAAACAAAACUACCACCAACAAAAACAACUUCCUUUCUAACAACAAGUCACUGCCUCACUUUACACUGUAGAAAGAAUUUCCUUUCUAUACCUUUAUGGAAUAUCAAAUAUGUAAGAAGUUUUCUUUUCAAAUCUGGUAGCUAAUUGCCAUAAAGCCAUUUCUAUGGUUUAACAGACUGUAAAAGCUCGUAAUGUGUCCUAAUAUGCAUCCCCCAGCAAAAAGCAUACCUCUUCUCACUCAGCACAAUAUCCUUAGCUAAUUUGGACAAAGAAACUUCAAGCCUGAGCCUUCAUGUUAGGAACACAACUCUCAGAGCAAUUUAUGGCAGUGCAGCUUCCUAUUCCAUCAUUGCCAUCACACUUUUAAUGCCAUUUUAAGCUG